AUGCCCACUCAAAAGAAGCAAACUGCUGCUGCGAAGAAGAAAACCAGCACUACUAAGAAGAAGACUAGCACUGCUAAGAAGAAAACCAGCACUGCUAAAAAAGCUAAUACUGGCACUGCUAAGAAGAAAGCCAGCACUGCUAAAAAAGCUAAUACUGGCACUACAUUAUCCAUGUACGGCUUUGCCCCCUAUAAAGAAAAAAGGGGCGAAGAAUUCAUGAAUAAAGACCAGCGUGAGCAUUUUAAAAACCUGCUGCUGGCAUGGAAGCAAGAAUUGAUGGAAGAAGUAGAUCGCACUGUAACUCAUAUGAAAGACGAGGCUUCCAACUUUCCCGACCCAGCGGAUCGCGCUACCCAAGAAGAAGAGUUCAGCUUAGAACUGCGCACUCGCGACCGCGAACGCAAGUUGAUCAAGAAAAUCGACAGUACCAUUGAGCGUAUUGAUCUGGAUGAUUACGGCUUUUGCGAUCAGUGUGGUGUUGAAAUAGGUAUUCGUCGUCUGGAAGCGCGCCCUACUGCCAACCUGUGUGUCGACUGUAAAACACUGGAUGAAAUCAAAGAGCGCCAGAUUACUGGUGGUUAA